CCUUGGACCACAGCACCACCUACUUAUAGAAGCAUCCCGAGCUUCGGCCCGGCAGCAUCUCCCCUGGAAAGUGCUCUCGCUGUCCCUUCGGCCUCCCUGGAGCGUUCUUAGAAACGGAGAAACCUUAGCUGUGAAGCGGCUCUGGGGAGAGUUCGGGAAAGCGCAGAAUUGGAUAGGGACCCAGAGAGUGAGAGAGGGCGCGCCCCUCGCCGGAGGAUCGCACUCACUGGUGGGGACGCAGCAUCCUAAAGCUGCGGACCCGCCCGCUCCACUGCGCUCCAGCUAGGCGCUGUUAGUCCAGAGGAUCCUCCGCGCACUUCGAAACCACUACAGCCACCGGAAUCCCGGAGCUGCCACGCGCUCCCGGCCGGUCUCCGCAAACUUUUCCCCAGCCCACGUGCUAGUGAGGCGCCUCGCUUCCCGAGCUCGGGAUGGAGCGCGGCGCCUAGGCACGGCGCACCGCCUGAGACGUUCAAGGCGGAGAGAUGCUGAUUGCGCCGAACUGACCAGUGCGGGCCCUGAAGCUAGAGGAUACUCUGCCUCUGAGUCUUGCACCGCAGCGCAGUCGGCGCUGGCUCCUUGGAUGAGCCCUCUAGUUCCCUGACUUUUGAGAGGCGUCUCUCCCCCGCCCGGCCGCCCAGAUGCAGUUUCGUCUCUUCUCCUUUGCCCUCAUCAUCCUGAACUGUAUGGAUUACAGCCACUGCCAAGGCAAUCGAUGGAGACGCAGUAAGCGAGCUAGUUACGUAUCAAAUCCCAUUUGCAAGGGCUGUUUGUCUUGUUCAAAGGACAAUGGGUGCAGCCGAUGUCAACAGAAGUUAUUCUUCUUUCUUCGAAGAGAAGGCAUGCGCCAGUAUGGAGAGUGCCUGCAUUCCUGCCCAUCUGGAUACUAUGGACACCGAGCCCCAGAUAUGAACAGAUGUGCAAGAUGCAGAAUAGAAAACUGUGAUUCUUGCUUUAGCAAAGACUUUUGUACCAAGUGCAAAGUAGGCUUUUAUUUGCAUAGAGGCCGUUGCUUUGAGGAAUGUCCAGAUGGUUUUGCACCUUUAGAUGAAACCAUGGAAUGUGUGGAAGGAUGUGAGGUUGGCCAUUGGAGUGAAUGGGGAACUUGUAGCAGAAAUAAUCGCACAUGUGGAUUUAAAUGGGGUCUGGAAACUAGAACACGGCAAAUUGUUAAAAAGCCAGCAAAAGAUACGAUACCAUGUCCAACCAUUGCUGAAUCCAGGAGAUGUAAGAUGGCCAUGAGGCAUUGUCCAGGAGGGAAGAGAGCUCCAAAGGCAAAGGAGAAAAAGAACAAGAAGAAGAAGAGGAAGCUGAUUGAUAGAGCCCAGGAGCAACACAGCGUCUUCCUAGCUACAGAUAGAGCUAAUCAGUAAAAUAAAAGACACAGAGGGUGGAUUUUUUUGGGUGGUGGGGUGGUGUUUUUUGCAGAAGUGCACAGAGCUACUCUCCACUCCUGGACACUGGUGUGUGGCAUUUGUGCUGCUCUGACCAGUCCCUGUUCCCAGUAACGUUGUGAAAGGAGGAGACACAAGCAUGGUCUCUGUGUUAUUUAUGCUUUGGUUUGCAUCUGGAGACUGUGAAGGCAGGAGUGAGUGUACAGCUUGAAACUCAGCUCCCUUUGUGCCACCAAGAGAGUCGCCCUGGCCCUGUGGAGGGGCAGGAGGCCUGAGGUUGCAGAUCCCCCACUGGAGAAUGGACUUGUGCAUAUUUAUGGGAAGGACAAUGCUUGGCAGGCAAAGUGCUAUUUCACUUGUGACCUUUAUUUCUCACAUUGUGCAUUUUCAAGGAUAAAUGCAUGUGGGUAUCUGCUUAGUGUUACCACACGUUCUCAGCGUCUGCUAGCUUCCAACAGUUGUGCGCGGAAGCUGCUCUUAGCUGGGACCCUGCUACAGGAAUUCCCGCUCAGCUUCACAGUGGCUCAGAUCUGUACAUACUCUGCUGGGGCUACAUAUAAACCUCUCAUUUUACUGUAUAUUUAUGCUUUCUUCUGUGUAACAAGGCAUACCUGAUUAAUACUGAUUAAUGUCACUUUGUUUCUAGUGGUUCCUAACCAUUGUCUGGUAAAUGACUGUUCUAGUUUUGUGAAUUGAUGAAUGUUUUGUUGCCCCUUGAAACUUAACGUUCCUUUUUUUGUGUGGGCUUAUUUCUCAUUGUAAGGAUAGGAUAAGCUAGUUUGUACAUAGAAUCAGAUGACCCGUAUCAAGGGAUUUGAAUAUCAAUAGACCUUCCCCACGUCUCUCAACAGUUCAAGCAUGAUGCAGCUGGCAGUCAGAAGCCAAAACUCCCUUUGAGUCUAGAUGUGUCUCAUAAAGUCAACUGAAAACAUGAGGAAUGACUUGCAGUCAUUUGGAGAAUUCAUCAUGCAGUUUCACAGGCCAGCUAGAGAAGUUUUCAAACUUUUAACUUCAAAUUUCAAUAUAUAGAGAGAGUUUUUAUUUAAAGCAGUUCCUGACUUGCAGUGACAGAACACCUAUCAAUAUUCUUGGGUCAGUGUAGAAAUUACUAUCAUGAGGCCAUGCAUCGUAUUUAAGGAGAAAACAGAAUGAAUUCCUACAACUUCUGGUCAGAUCUUAACAGGUCUUCUUUGAGCCAGAAUUUAUCUCAUAUCCAAGACUGAGUGGAGACUGCCCAGGUAACUUUCAGAGCAGUUGUUUCCAAAACAUCCUUGUCCACUUUAGGGGAAGCAGUUCUUAGAGGGUUUUGAUUUGCCUUUUUUUUUUUUUUUCAAAAGA